AUGCACAAGGCCCUCCAGGACAGUAUUCACAGGCACAAGGCCAGCCCUCCAGGACAGUAUUCACAGGCACAAGGCCCUCCAGGACAGUAUUCACAGGCACAAGGCCCUCCAGGACAGUAUUCACAGGCACAAGGCCCUCCAGGACAGUAUUCACAGGCACAAGGCCCUCCAGGACAGUAUUCACAGGCACAAGGCCCUCCAGGACAGUAUUCACAGGCACAAGGCCCUCCAGGACAGUAUUCACAGGCACAAGGCCCUCCAGGACAGUAUUCACAGGCACAAGGCCCUCCAGGACAGUAUUCACAGGCACAAGGCCCUCCAGGACAGUAUUCACAGGCACAAGGCCCUCCGGGACAGCAGGCACAGGGCCCUCCAGGACAGUAUUCGCAGGCACUAGGCCAGCCCUUCAGGACAGAUAUUCACAGGCACAAGGCCAGCCCUCCAGGACAGUAUUCACAGGCACAAGGCCCUCCAGGACAGUAUUCGCAGGCACAAGGCCCUCCAGGACAGUAUUCACAGGCACAAGGCCCUCCAGGACAGUAUUCACAGGCACAAGGCCCUCCAGGACAGUAUUCACAGGCACAAGGCCCUCCAGGACAGUAUUCGUAG